AUGAUCUCCAUCUCCAUCUCCAUCUCCAUUUCCCUCGCCAUCCUCCUCCUUCUCAAUCCUACAGCUUCAGAACAAGAUCAUGUCAAGCUCUCCCUCAUCAAUUUCCUCCAAAAACUCUCCCGCAACGACACCGGAAUUACCGAGAAGCUCUCUUGGAACACUUCCACAGACCCUUGCUCUGGCAACUGGACAGGCAUCUCAUGCAACAAUAAGAACAAAUCCAUUAGAGGAAUCACUCUUGAAGGCUUGCUUCUCAAUGGCUCCAUUGAUGCUACCCUUGCAUGCACAGCUCCAUCCUUAGCUGUCUUAAGUUUACGUGACAACCUUCUGCAUGGCCAACUCCCUUUAGAGAUCUCUUCUUGCUCACAACUUACUCAUCUCUUCCUUUCUGGCAACCGUCUUUCCGGCGAGCUUCCCCUGGAGAUCUCUGAGCUCAACAACUUGAAACGGCUUGAUAUAUCCAAUAACAACUUCUCCGGCGAUAUUCCCUCCGGCUUGACAACAAUCUCCGGGCUUUUUAAUAUAAGCAAUAAUCUAUUCUCCGGUCGAAUACCUCCCGACGCUGCUCAAUUUGGUAAUGAGAGCUUCUCUGGCAACUCGGGCUUGUGCGGACUGCCUCUAGCUGUGGCAUGUGCUCCGGCAGCUUCACCCUGA